AUGGUGCACCCAAAUAUAUUUCUCAAAGCUACAAUAAGUAUUCAUACAAAAACUAAAGUAGUGAAGGAUGACGUUAAACUGAAUGAAGUGAAGGAUGAUGUACAACCGGUUGUUGUCGAGAUAGAUAUUGGUCAACAUUUUAGAAAUGAACAAUUGUUUACUACUCGUGAACAUAUGCUUGAAUGGGCCCGCGUGGAGGUCAGUAAAUUAGAGUUUGGCAUUGUAAUCGGAAGGUCUAACAAUGGUUCAAAUAGAAGGCAGGCAUUUGCAACCAUGAGAUGCGAGAGAAGUGACAUGUGUGGAGUUUGUGAGCAUAAAGUCAUUGUCCGUGACAUAUUUUGGACUCAUUCCAGAAGUAUCAAGUUAUUCAACAUAUUUCCCACUAUCCUCAUAAUUGAUUCAACUUAUAAGACCAACAAGUAUAGGUUUCCGCUUCUGGGAAUUAUUGGUGUUACUUCUAUGAAGAAGACUUUUUCAGUGAGAUUUGCAUUUUUGGAAUCCGAAAAAGAGGCCAACGUUACAAGGGACUUGUAA